ACAUAAAACGUUUUUUGGUUAAUGAUUCACACAACAACAAUUAAGUCGGUAAACUAACAAUAAACUAUGGCAAAUUGUUUCGAAAACUUAAACAUACCGACGUGCGUUUGGUUUGAGGGUGGAGAAAAAAGAAACGCUGUAGCAUCGAUAUUAGCCGGUUUUUUGUUUUUCUUAGGAUGGUGGCUUAUAAUUGAUGCUGCCUCCGUCGAUGGAGGAAUUACUGUUGGUUACCAUAUUUGUGGUAUUUUCGGUACAUUAUCUUUAAUUAUUGUUAACUCAAUUUCCAAUUCACAAAUUCGAGGAGAUGCUUAUGAAGGAGGAUGUAUGGGUUCAAGGGGAGCAAAGAUAGUUCUUUUUAUUGGUUUUGUUAUGGGAUUUGGUUCAGUAAUUGCAGCUUGUUUAAUUUUGUUUGCUAAUUUUGUCAAUAAAGAAGUUAAACAAUGGCCUGGAGUUGGAUUAUUUCUUCAAAAUGCUCUCAUUUUUAUAGCAUCUUUAAUUUACAAGUUUGGACGAUCUGAUGAUCAAUGGGGCUAAAAAUGUUUUUUAAAAACGAUAAAUUCUUUUAAUCAUUUAAAAUCAUUGAACUUAAACGUGUAUUUAUUUUUGUUUUGAUUUAGCUUUUUAGAUUCGCAUAUGUAAUAACUAUAUUAAUAACUAUAAUAAAUUAAUGAUUCUUAAAAACAA